ACUACAUUUCCCCGCACUGACCAUCAGGCAGCCGCGCUCCCAUUGGCUGACCGAUCCAGCCGCAGCCCCAGAGAAUGAAUGAAAUUGAAAUUGCUGCUAUAUUACAUGUACAAUACCGGGGAUCUGCAGUCUUACAUUGUAUCAUUCUAUAUCAAAAUGGCCACAGUGGUCCAAAAUCCUCUGAAAUCGCAAUCAAGUGGAACCGUCAUAAAGAACAGCCUUGGUGAGGAGUUUUAUCGUGAGGCGAUUGAGCACUGCCGCAGUUAUAAUGCUCGACUUUGUGCCGAACGCUCCAUGCGCCUGCCCUUCCUCGACUCCCAGACAGGUGUAGCACAGAGUAACUGCUACAUAUGGAUGGAGAAGACUCACCGUGGGCCAGGUGUGGCUCCAGGGCAGCUCUAUACCUAUCCUGCACGGUGCUGGAGGAAGAAGAGACGGUUGAACAUCUUAGAGGAUCCACGUCUUGGACCCAUCGAGUUUAAAAUCGACUAUGAAGCAGCGCUAAAGAAAGAAGGGGGUGUUCCUGAUGGUCCCGUCCUGGAGUCACUCCUCAGCGGUGAACUGCUGGAUAAAAAGGUGGAAACAAAGGAAGAGGAACCCAUGAGCGAAUGCCAGAAGCUGCUGAUGGGAGAGUUUCCUCAUGAGCUGGACAUGGAGGAAAUGGAGGAGGACGUUCCCAAACGCAAGAAUCGCACCAAAGGACGGGCAUGUGGUAUUGGUGGGAUGAGAAAGAGACAGGAUCCAGCAUCUCUGGAGGAUCGAGACAAGCCAUAUGUGUGUGACAUUUGUGGAAAGCGAUACAAGAACCGUCCAGGUUUGAGUUACCAUUACACUCACACACACCUGGCGGACGAGGAGGGUGAGGAAGACUCUGAACGCCACACACUGCCCUUCCAGCGCAAGAACAACCACAAACCCAAAAAAGCAGCCGAUGGUUCCGUCAUCCCAAACGGCUACUGUGACUUCUGUCUAGGGGGCUCAAAGAAAACCGGCUGUCCCGAAGAUCUCAUCUCCUGUGCGGACUGCGGCCGAUCAGGUCAUCCGUCAUGUUUGCAGUUCACGGUGAACAUGACAGCGGCUGUGCGGACCUACCGCUGGCAGUGCAUCGAGUGUAAAUCCUGCAGUCUGUGCGGCACCUCAGAGAACGAUCUUUUGUUCUGUGAUGAUUGCGACAGAGGGUAUCAUAUGUAUUGUCUAAGCCCCCCUAUGUCAGAGCCUCCGGAGGGGAGCUGGAGUUGCCAUCUGUGUCUGCGGCAGCUAAAGGAAAAAGCAUCCGCCUACAUCACACUAACCUAAUCUCCGUGCCCUACUUCACCCUAGCAGUCUCAUCCUCCUCUAUCCCAUCAUCACCGAUCCAAAGAGACUCCCCAACAUCCAUCAGAAGACAACACACUCCAUCUGUCAAUGUGGACUGCAAGGAAAAACUAGGGUGCGACUAACAUUUUAGCACGUCAGGUGGGACUCAAGCAGACCUUUCCUCGCCAGUCCCUCCAAAGAGCUCUUUCCUUGAGGAUUAUUGCCCGACUCCAUCUUUUGGCAUUUAGACAAGUAGUGCCAAACCGUUUGUCACUGACGGGACAUUUUGCACGAGUUAGAAGGGGGUGGAGUCUCUGUGACAUCAUUAGAUGGUGCACCAAAUGCAGAUAGGCGGAUGUCACAUGAUCUAAGUGCAGGUUUUGGUUUAGUUUAGCUCUGGUGCCAUUGGAUUUUAGUGGUGUAUCAGACACCACCACGUAAUGAGAUCAUGUGUCCUCAUUCAAUUUGGCCUUAUUCUAGCUGUAAUUAGACUUCUGUUGUGAGAUGAAUGGAUUCUUCAAUAAUUGAUGUCCCUUGAAGGUACAGCUUUUGGUUCUUGAGACACGUUACACUGAAUUUUUAAAAAAGGUGAUUUAUCAUGAGCGCGGUCUGUGGUCAGAGGAAUAUUCUGGGUUCAGUUUAAGCUAAUCUUAUUUGAAAGCACUUUUGAGAAGAUGUUGAUUACCACAAAUUCUCCCUUCUUUUCCUAAAAAACAAAACACAGUUGGGGUUUGUAGUGUACGCACAGUCUACAUAUGCUCCAUAUUAGUCUUUCUUAAUUCAAAAUAGACUAUUCAGUGGUUGCCAAUCAUGUCAUCAUAUAUUUUUCAUCAUAUAAGGAAAAAAGUUACCAACCAAUCGCAUUUCCAUAUCGAUCAGGUUUCAGUGAAUGUAGGACCUAUACCAUAUGGUUUCACUAGCUAUGUUUCCAUCCAAAGAUGCAAAUUAAAUUUAUGAGCAAAACUAUGAUAUCACAUGAAAGACGUGCGGAUAAAGCAGCAAUUCCGGUCACUUUUUUUGAUGGUCCAUUUGAUGGUUACAUUGCAACUAAUUCUCAUAAAAUU